UUUUAAACGGGUGCAGGAUGGGGUUCUGGCGAUUUCUAUGAACGUUGUGUUUUUGGUUUUGUUUGUAAAAACCGGACUUGUUUUGAUAUAUUUUGUAGCUUUUAAUAGGGCUUUGAGAGAUGGGGAGAAGCAGGAGUCGAUCGCCGGCGCCGAGGCGAGAGCGUCGCCGGUCUCGCUCGGCCUCCAGGGAGCGGGAGAGGCGUCGGCGGGAGAGAGAGCGCUCGCGGUCACGUGACAAGGACAGGAGGCGGAGCCGGUCUCGCUCCCCCCACAGGCGCCGCUCCAGGUCGCCACGGAGACCCAGGUCCAGCUCUCUGUCUCCUUCGAGACAGAAAGACAGACGAGAAGAUGACAAAGAGCCCAAGGAGAAAGUGACGGAGCACAAGAUUUCAGAGGAAGAUAUGGAAGGAAAGACAGAGGAGGAGAUUGAAAUGAUGAAGCUGAUGGGGUUUGGGAGCUUCAAUUCAACGAAGGGAAAGAAAUGUGAGGGUUCAGUUAAUGCAUAUGCCAUCAACGUCUCUCAAAAACGAAAAUACAGCGCUGUACACACAUUGGAACAUUUUCGAGCAAGAGGGAGGCCAUUUAUCCCAUCAGCGCCUGUCCGGUUCCAAUCGGCUCAUUGAUCUCAAAACUUUGUCAAGUUGGCUCUUAAAGGAUCCCAGUGCCUCAAACCUGGCUAGGUAACCCACUCCACCCCCUUGCCACGCUGUGUGAAGAAACGUCUCCUGCCCUCUGUCCUGAAAACACAAAAUAAAGACUUUUAUUAAAUUACAGUGCAGACCAACCCACAAAUCAGCCACUAUAUGAGCUAUUCCUAACAUUUCUCAGACCCAGAUUACCACUAGUCGUGCGCUACCCUGAUGUUACUUUAGGCAAGGUAGGUCAAGAUCAGUGCUAAUCCAGGGUUUGUGAAACAAGAUCCAGACGUUUAGAUUAAGCAGGGGAGUGGAAACAGGAUUUGGGCGUGGAGUGUUAUUGUGUGCAAAGUUCACUGACACAGUCAGCCAGGCGCAUGGAUUUAGUCCUGCCUUGCUGACGAUGGUCACGUUUUGGGGGAAGAAGAAAUUCCAGAAGAGCUAGGUGGUUGCUAUACCUUCCGUUUAAAACAUAACAGGGAUGCAAGCAAGACUGCCAUUGCAUUGACUCACACUAUCUAUAUCACUAUAACUACUUAUAAUCCAGUGGAAUUGUCUUCAACAAGUGACUACUUCAGGAAUAAGACCGUGUGCAAAGCAGUUUGAUCCGUUCCUGAUUUUACUGUGACACACCUGAGCUUGUUAGCUA